UAUGUAUAAUAUGUAUAAUCUGGAAUAUUUAAGUCAAUAAGCAACCAGAUUUGAUGCAGCCUUGACUUAUAAAUGAAUCUUUGUAAAAAUAUAUCGGAGGAUCUAAAUAAACUUAAAUCAGAUUCGAAUCGUUUAAGCUCCGUGUCUGAGCUAACAAAAAGUAUUUGCCAAAAGUGUAAGCCGAACCGGUUCAAGUCACGCAUUUCUGUUUAUACAUACGUAUAUGAAAAUAAUGAGUCCUAAUCAAAUGAAAGAAAUAUAAAGUAAAUAAGCUCUUGAACACAUUGAACCGCUGUAAUGGGCAAUUCCUGCAAACCAUAAACCGAACCACUGAUAAAUAUCUUAAGGGCUUAAAGCUCUCAAAGAAACGUAAAGGCCCUCGAGGCACCUGUACCGAAAUAACUAUAUAUAUUUCAUCAUAUGUAUUAUAUACCUUUAUACCUAUAUACAUAUAUAUACAUAUAUACAAGUUGGGGCACGUUUUGGUCGUCGGGCUACCGACAUAAGCAAAAUACGGCCAAAAUGCUUCGCUGUGUUGAGGUCAAUGAUUUCUUUCAUUUCACGCUUUUGGCUUUGGCCAGCGAAGACGAAAGAGAAGAAGAAGCAGAGGACUGAAAACACUUGGUGAGCAUAUAUUGAAUAUUAAUUAAAAGAAGAAGCAGAAGCAGAAGCAGAAGAAGCAUAGUUUGGUCUUAUGUAAACAACGGAGAGUGUUUCGACUUGCAGAGUCUGUAUGGACCAAUCGCCUGCUCCCCCCUCACCCUCAUCCUCACUCCAAAACAGAUGUAAUGUCAAUCGAUGACAUAAUGUCAUAUAGAUAGUUAGUGAAUCAUGCAAACUGAUUUCUGAUUUCAGACUCUGUGAUUUUUUUUAUUUUUCGAUUUUUUGAUUUUUUGAGGCCAUGCUGAUAAGCAGAGCAUUCAAUUAGGCUAAAAAGAAAUGCAUGUUCGGGCCAAAAUGUGUUUUGGCCAUAAAAUCGAGGCAAUCGCUGCAAGCGGAGCUCAGUUAUCAUAACAUAGUUGAGAUCGAUCGAUCAAUCAAACGAGAUGCAUAGAGCGUGUCUAUAUAGUAUCGCCGUCGUGGUCCUCGCCUGCCUGGGCUGUGUGUGGGGCGACGUCUUUGAGGAGUGCGCCGAUUCGGAGGCGGAGACCUUCGUCGCCAGCUGGCAGAACUGUCAGUCGUAUGUCUACUGCAAUGGCGACGAUUCCAUCAUGGGUGAAUGUGAGGAUGGGCAAUACUUUGAUCCGGAGUCGGGCACCUGUGAUGAUGCAGAGAAUGUCAAGUGUUUUCUGGACGAAGUGGACGAGCCCUCCACGGAGGAGGAGGAGAAGGAGGAGGAGGAAACCGAUGAGCCGGAAACACCGGCCGUAGAUCCCACGCCGCCCACCAUGGAGACGCCCACACAGGUGGAGGUGGUGCAGGCGGCGCCCGUCGUCAAGCCGAGCUGCCCCAUCACCGACGAUCCCACCCAGGUGAUCUUCAUGGCCAGCAACGACUCCUGCACGGACUACUACCUCUGCUAUCACGGCAACGCCAUGCAGAUGCAGUGCACCAACCAGCUGCACUUCAACGUCAAGACGGGGCAAUGCGAUCUGCCCGAGAACGCCCAGUGUCCUCUGGACCAGUUUGCCCCCCACAAGUGCCUGCCGCACAUGACGGACUUCUUUCCGCAUCCGGACAAGUGCAGCUACUUCUACUACUGCAUCAAGGGCUUCCUGACGCUGCAGCAGUGCCCCUUCUACUAUGGCUGGGACAUUGAGCGGCGCAGCUGCGUCCAGCUGAACGUGGCCAAGUGCUACGGCAAUGCCAGGCGUGCGUAGGGCCCUAGGAAUCUUGGGCAACUUUGUUACCGAGAACUUUAUCUUAAAAGAAAAACCCAAAAAAUGUACACUGUUCAACGAGCCAAAACUUUUUUCGACUGAACAAGUUAAAUACCCUGUAAUUAGAUUUAAGUAACAGCUUUUAGCUUAAGUUUUGUGAACCUUUAAUAAAGCCGUAAGUUUCACUCAA